CCCGCGUCGACGUGGCGUGCGCGCGGGGCGGGGGAGAUGAGCUACCACCCCCGUAGGAUCUUGCCACCUGGCGAGUCGAGGAAGCGCAAGGAGAGGGAGUCGUUUUACGGCGCUGCCCCCGGCGGCACCGUCGCCAAAACGACGACGACGCCGAGGCCGCUCCUCGCCCCCCGACCGGCUCCGGCCCCGGCACCGGCCCGAGCCGCCGGGAAGGCGAAGCCGGCCGCGGAGAAGGGCGGCGGCGACAACCGGCUCCUGGCCGGCUACAUGGCUCACGAGUUCCUGACGAAGGGGACGCUGCUCGGGCAGGGGUUCGACCCGGCGCGGUUCGAGGCGGCGGCGCCGGCGCCCCCCGGGAAGCCGGCCGAGCCGAAGAGGGCGAAGCAGGCGGGAGCCGAGCCGAGCGGGGGCGCCGCCGAGGAGGAGCACGCGAGCUACGCCGACGUGGCGGGCAUCUUGAAGUCAGACGGGGCCCACAUCCCGGGGAUUGUUAAUCCUACGCAGCUCGCAAGGUGGAUCCACCAGACGUGAGGGGGCCCCGCUCGGACCACGUGGCGGGUCCUCAUUGGCCGCGGCGGCGGGCGGAGGUUUUGAGGAAAGAGGAGAUCAGAGAAGAGCGGGGAAAAACCGACGUCGAGAGGUGGUGAGUUCCUGUCCCCUCCCGAAGCCAAGUCGAAAGCACAAAGGCGCUCCUUCUCUCUCCUCCCUCCCCCUCUCUCUCUCUCUCUCUAGAUCUUUCUCUCUCUCUCUCUGCAACGUAGCGUUGCUACAUGCAAGUCAUUGUACAAAGGUACGUACUUUUUUGUGUCAGGUAGAUUCGGAAAGUUCGGAGGUUGGCUGUUUUCGAACGCUUUUUCUUUUCCGCUAGAUAUCCAAACUGUUGCGUGUCUGUUGGAUGCAAUGUAUAGAGGUAGAGCCUCGGACGACGUGCUGUUGUGGUUUCUCGUCGGGCUGUCUGGAUUCUGGGAUUGUCUGCCGCAUGCAUGUCUUUAGAUUUUGUCUGUUCUUCGUCGGGUUCUUGGUCGUUUUCCCGUCGACCCGACCAAAUCAAGAAACUAUAAAAUUGCUAUGAAAACGCUUGGCUUCGACUAGAAAGUAACGAAAUGCGUGAUGCUUGGCUGUCCGUUCUGCGCUGUGAAAGUCAUCUAAGAUAUCCGUGGGUCAUUCUUCUUCGUGUGGAUCGUGUGUAUCGACGAGGGUCGAUGCGUACUGCGUGCCUGGGAGAGCAGACGGGGAGCGUGUUGCGUUUUGCGGCACUUCAGUUGUGUAUUUUGCAUCUUGCAUGUCUGUAUUUGGGUUUCGAGUUCUUGGGACGAGAGUGAAGAAUAACAUGCGUCCUACGUGAAAGUGAACUUGGGUAGGUGAGAGGGAUCGGAGUGGUGGUUCCUGGUUUUCAGAUACCAUCGUGUGCGUUUCUUGGUGGGAAUAGGAUCGAGUGAAUUUCUGGAACUGAGUAAUGCAGGCAAACAUAGGGUGUGUGGAUCCAUUGUAGGAGGAGAAGACUCAUGUGAUCAUAGUUCAAGAGAUUGUGUAUUGGGGUUUAGGCUUGAUCUCACCAAAAAAAGCACCAGUGACAGAUCUUUUCAUGUUUUGUUCAAUGUGAUCAAUCUUUUCUGGCG